AUGGAAGAAGGUCUAUUUGAAUGCGAGGUGUGUGACCAAGAUUUUGGACAGGCCUCGAAUCUCCACACACAUGAAAGCAUUCAUACUGGAGAGAAGACAUUUUCAUGUGAGGUCUGCAACAAAUCCUUCUCGCAGUCAUCAAACCUCCGUGUACACCAACGCAUCCAUACGGGGGAGAAACCAUUCAUGUGCAAGAUUUGCAAUAAAUCGUUUGGAUAUUCAUCAACCCUCCGUGAACACCAACGUAUUCAUACAGGCGAGAAACCAUUCAGGUGUGAAGUUUGUGACAAAUCUUUCUCCCGACUAUCGAACCUCCGACAACACGAACGUAUUCACACUGGGGAGAAACCAUUUACAUGUGAGAUUUGUGACAAAUCGUUUUCUUGGUUGUCCAACCUCCAUGAACACCGACGCAUUCACACAGGGGAGAAACCAUUUACAUGCCAAGUGUGCAACAAAUCAUUCCCAUACUUAAUGAACCUCCGGGUACAUCAACGCAUUCACACAGGAGAGAAACCAUUCACCUGUGAGGUGUGUGACAAAGCUUUCACACAGUUAUCACAUCUGCUGGUCCAUCAAACGAUCCACACAGGAGAAAAACCCUUCAAAUGUGAGGUCUGUGAUAAAGCUUUCACAACUUCGACCAGGCUUCUGAUGCACCACAGCAUUCACACGGGACAGAAACCCUUCAAGUGUGAGUUCUGUGAGAUGUCUUUCACACAAUGUUCUGAACUCCUGACACAUCAAAGGAUUCAUACAGGGGAGAAACCCUUCAAGUGUGAGGUGUGCGGCAAAUCCUUCUCACAGUCAUCAAAUCUCCAUGCACACCAACGUAUUCACACUGGCGAAAAACCAUUCAUGUGUAAGGUGUGCAACAAAUCCUUUUCCCGAUCUUCGAACCUUCGCGCCCACCAACAUAUCCAUACAGGGGAGAAACCAUUCACAUGCGAGGUGUGUAACAAAUCAUUCUCACACUCAAUGAACCUCCGUGUACAUCAACGUAUUCACACAGGGGAGAAGCCAUUCACAUGCAAAGUGUGUGACAAAGCAUUCACACAAUUAUCAAAUAUCCUGAGGCAUCAAGCCGUUCACACAGGAGAGAAACCCUUUAAAUGUGAGGUUUGUAAUAAAGCUUUUACAACAUCUACCAGGCUUCUGAUGCACCACAGCAUCCACACAGGAGAGAAACCAUACAAGUGCGAGAUUUGUGAGAAGGCUUUCACCCAAUCCUCCGACCUCCUGAGGCACCAACGCAUUCACACCGGGGAGAAACCUUUUGUGUGUGAGGUGUGUGACAGAUCAUUCACACAGACAUCAACCCUCCGCAUACACCAACGCAUCCACACGGGGGAAAAACCAUUUACCUGUGAGGUGUGCAACAAAUCAUUCUCAGACUUAUCAACCCUCCGCAGACACCAACGCAUACACACAGGAGAGAAACCGUUCAGAUGUGAGGUGUGUGACAAAUCAUUCUCAGAGUCAUCGACCUUGAGGGUACACCAACGCAUUCACAAUGGGGAGAAACCAUUCACGUGUGAGCUAUGUGACAAAUCUUUCUCAAAUUCAUCACACCUCCGCAGACAUCAACCUGUCCACACAGAGAGGAAACCGUUCAUGUGUGAUGUGUGUGACAAAUCCUUCUCAGAUUCAUCAGGUCUCCUGCUCCAUCAGAGGAUUCACACAGGGGAGAAACCAUUCAAGUGCGAUGAAUGUGACAAAGUGUUUUCAGAGUCAUCAACCCUCCAUGUACACCAGCGCAUUCACACAGGAGAAAAACCAUUCAAGUGCGAGGUGUGUGACAAAUCAUUCUCAGAAUCAUCAACCCUUCGCAGACACAAACGCACUCACACGGGGGAGAAGCCUUUUGUGUGCGAGGUGUGUGACAAAUCAUUCUCACAGACCUCAACCCUCCACGUGCACAGACGCAUUCACACAGGGGAGAAACCAUUCACAUGUGAGGUGUGUGAUAAGUCAUUCUCAGACUUAUCGAGCUUCCACAGACACCAACUCAUUCACACAGGGGUAAAGCCAUUUACAUGUGAUGUAUGUGACAAAUCAUUCUUGACUUCUUUGCACCUUCGUAGACACCAAACUGCUCAUACUGGGGAGAUGCCAUUCUCAUGUGAUAUAUGUAGCAAAUCAUUCUCAGUUUCAUCGAGACUCCUGCGACAUCAGAGGAUUCACACAAGGGAGAAACCUUUCACAUGUGAAGUGUGUGACAAAUCAUUCUUGGAUUCAUCGCAUUUCCUGCUCCAUCAGAAGAUCCAUACAGGAGAGUUUCCCUUCAGUUCUGAGAUUGUGAUGAACGUUCCUUGAUGUGUAAGAACAUUUGGAAUGCACCUGGAUUUACACAGGAGAGAAACUCUUCAUGUGUGAUGUUUGUGACAAGGCUUUCACAGAGUCAGUGAAGCUCCUGGCCCAUCAGUGUAUUUACAUUGGGGGGGUACCCUACCAGUGGGAGUUCUGUAAUACAGCCAUCAUACAAAUGUUGGACUUCCAGGAUCAUUAGCAAACCCAUACAGGAACUAUCCAAGCAUGUUCUUGGCUAGUAUUCGCUCAGUCAUAGCACUGCAACAAACUUGGAGCAACCCUCAUGCAGUGAGGACAACUAGUUGUGUUUGUAUCCACAACAUUAACACACACUGAACAACACUGUACACAGGCAUUGCGAAAGAGAGUCUGGCUAUUUUCUUUGAAUUGGAACUUUUCAACCAGUACCUGUUUGGGAGACAGAAAGUGAUGGUAGAGUCUGACCAUAAGCAGUUUCAAAACAUCUUUCUCAAACCACAUCUAACUGCUCCAAAUAUUGCACAGGAUGUGAUUUUGCUUUCGUAGAUAUCUCUGGGAAGUGAAGUACAAGCAAGGGAAGCAGAUGAACAUCACUGACAUGCUGAUGAGAUCUGCACUUUCUGAAGGAAGUUGAUGCUGGUACACAGUGUGCAAUAUUUCAGAUUCAGCAAGAAGCAACAGCAUAACAUGCUCUGGAAAUCAUCAACCCAGCAGAGAAACUGACUCUGACAGACAGGCAUCUUGCUCAAAUCAAACAAAUUUCGCUACAAGGUGCAAAACUUCAAAAGACCAGAAGUGAGAAUUGUCGUGAGUGACAAAACCAAAGUGAAAUGACAGGAAACCACAAUUUCACUUUAAUACUGCUGUCAAAUCAUUGCCAGAGCUGACAAUGAGAAGGCAGUCAGGGUGCAAACAUUCAACACACUUAUGAGUAGUCAGAUCAGUUGGUGACAUGAGACCUGUGUAGAGAAUUUGCCAUCUUGAUCACAUACAAAAUGCCCUACUAGGUUGACACUGCAACUAGAGAAGGUGCUGUAGUUGAUGAGGCAAAUUUAUUUUAGUAUUUCGCAAUAAGCUGAAUGCCAUCAUUUCUGAAGGUCAUCCUUUCCAUGCCUCAGUAGGGAGCAGCUCGGCAACAGUGAUCACAAUUCAGUAAGUUUUAAGGUACUGAUGGAUAAAGAUCGGUGUAGUUGUCAGGUGAAGGUGCUAAAUUGGGGGAAGGCUAAUUACAACAAUGUUAGGUGGGAACUGAAGAAUGUAGAUUGGAGGCAGUUGUUUGAGGACAAAUCACCACAUGGUAUGUGGGAGGCUUUCAAGUGUAAGUUGCUGGGAACUCAGGACUGGCACGCUCCUGUAAGGAUGAAGAAUAAGUAUGGCAAG